AUCAGAUAAUUUCACAAGAUUGUGUAGUGAUUCUUUGCUUACAAAAAAAUUACGUUCAUUUAGAUUGCCAUUGAAACCUUUUCAAUCGUUGAAAUAUUGAUUCGUGAUAUUUCUCUCGGUGAAUUGACGUCAACCAUGGGUAAUAAGCAAAGUCAAGCUAUUGUUGGCGAUUCAUCAGAUUUGGAGUCGUCAAAAAUAUUUAAAUUGAACAUCGAUUGUUUCGACGAAAUAUUCGAAUAUUUGUCCAUGAAAGACUUGCAUUCAUUUGGCCAAACAUGCAAGCGGAUGAACAAAGUGGCCGGCGAAUAUUUCAAACGAAAUCAUUCAUCGGCUGAGAAGUUCUGCGCAAAAGAUGGAAUUCACACAGUUUAUUCGGACCAGGACGGUGUCUUUGGAAAACUCAUUCAAACAUCUGGUUUCAGAAAGUUCAUGCCGUGCAUUUCAAUUCGUGGUAACGAUUUCGAUGCAUUUCGCUAUAUUCAAUCACAUGUCACCGAAUUUGAAUCAACCAAUCACAUUCACCUUUCGAUGUUAAAUGUCACCGCCAAAGUAAUUGAAUUUAUCAAAGAAUUGUUGCCCCAAUUGGAAAUUGUGCAACUCCGAAAAUGUUUGGUUUGUGAUGAUUUGUAUGAAUUGAUGCUGAAACACUGUACAAACUUAAAAAAGAUUGAAUGUUACAGACUGGUUGAUUCCAAUCACCUGUUACAUGAAUACCCGAAGUUGGAGCAUUUUAAAUUGAUCCCAAAUCAUAUGCGUCGAAUUGCAGAAUUGCGUGAAUUUUUCGUACGAAAUCCAAAUGUUCAGAAAUUUACAACUACCUCGAGGCUUUUGUGGGAAAAUCGUGAUAUCUUUUUAAAUUCCAACAUAACAUUGGAGCUGUUGGAACUUAAUGAAGAAUGUUCAGAUCGUUUGGAUGGAUUCGAACAUUCGAAAGAGAUUUCAAACUUAUUAAAUCAACUGUAUGAACAGGGAUUUUAUAAACGACUUUACCUUUAUGUUUAUUAUGUCGAUGUGGAUUUCAGCAAUUCAUUGAUUUCGCUCAAAGGUCUUGAGCUUUUGCGCAUUCGGUGGUUUAAUGAAAGCUAUAAUUUACCUCAAUUGACCAAUUUGAAGGAGCUCACCAUUUUGAGUGGAUCAAAUGCCACGGAAAUGGAGAUUCUAGCAAAUCAUCUUGUUAAACUUGAACGACUCUAUAUAGAACGAGCCAACAUCGAUGACAUCAUGCCGUUCAUUCGUCGAUCGUCGAAAUUGAACAAAAUCAAAAUGUUUCCACGAACCAAAGACAGCUUCAACAGUGGAGUAUUGAAUUUAACUAUGUUGAAUGAAGAACGCGCCAAGUUAGCUGGAGCACGUAAGAUAAUUAUUUAUACGAGCGACAAUAUCUUCUUGGCUACCAAAUGGGCGACCUAUAAUGGUGACACCAAUUUAAGAUUGAUCGAAAUAAGACGAGCCGAUUCGUAUGAAUGGAAUCGUCAGUACUAAUUGUGAAAUGAAAUAAAAAAUUUUUAAUGGAAGCGAAUUCAUAUCUAAUUACCUUUUUUCUAGCUAUUAUGGUGAAAAAAUUAAUGAAUUUUUGUAAUGAAUAUGCUGAAUUUUCAAAAUAAAAUUAAAGAAAUCUAUUUAGAGAG